CCAAAUGUGAAAUUACAAUGUGGUGAAUUUCGCUGUAAUAUUAGGCGAGUAUUAUAAAAGUUAAAUAUAAACUAACAUUGUUCUAUGGAGCCGGUGAGAACGCCUGAUAGCGUCUUAUUUAUUUUAAAUUUUCAUUUCUUUUAAAGAUGCUCCAUCAGCCCAUCCCUCCACUAUACACGAUUGAAAAACAAAACCCUGUAUACAUUCACAAAUCUCCUCCGAACGUCGUACUACCUGGUUACCCACCUCAACAACAACAACCUGGGCACUCACCUCCAUCUCCACCAGGAAUGCAACAGCAAAGUAGCAGCAGCACGACAGUUGAGAACCAACCUCAGCCUACGGUGGUUGCACCAAUUCAAGUUGUCAAUAAUCACCUGAUAUUGUCCAUCGUCUCCUUUUUCUGUUGUUGGAUACUCGGAGCUUUUGCCAUCUUCAAGUCAUCCGAAGCAAAGGCCCGUUUUGAUAAUGGUGACUACGCAGGUGCUGUAGCCGCCGCUCGCAGUGCAAGAAAUCGUAGUUUUAUCGCCAUCAUGUUUGGAACAUUCAUGUACACCGUUAUUAUAGUUUUAAUUAGAUUACUAUAGUUUCAUUCAUUGUCUAAACUUGUUCAUGUUUAACUGUAUUUUCGCAUAAAUUUUCCUAUUUCCUAUAACUUACAUUUAAAUUGUCGAUUAAACGAAUAAAAUGUCA